UAUCCAUACACCUAUCAUCGUCGGUGUUUCGUCCUCAGAGCCACAGUAGUUUUGAAAUAAAACAACACUAGACCAAACAAUGGGGAAGGAUGACGCGGAAACGGUAGCUUUGAAAAAAGAGCUGGAAGAUUUAAUCAACAAAUGCAAGGAAGAUCAAAAGAAACAACAAGAUACAACUUUGGAAGAAGCAUGUAGUAGUGUACCGGAUGCACCGAAAGUUAAAUUAUCUACAAAAAAGUUACUAAAGGGACAUAUCAACAAAGUGAAUUCGGUGCAUUAUAGCGGUGAUAGUAGGCAUUGCGUGACUGGUUCACUAGACGGAAAAUUGAUCAUUUGGGAUUCGUGGACUGGAAAUAAAGUUCAGGUAAUUCCAUUACGUUCAGCAUGGGUGAUGUCGGUAGCUUUUGCACCGUCGGGAAACUUUGUUGCUUGCGGUGGUAUGGACAACAUGUGCACUAUCUACGAUGUAAACAAUCGUGACGCCACAGGAUCGGCUAAAAUCGUUCGAGAAUUACUAGGAUACGAAGGUUUCCUCUCAUCCUGCAGAUUCUUGGAGGACAAAAAGAUUAUCACUGGAUCUGGUGACAUGAAAAUUUGUAUAUGGGAUUUGGAAGCAAACAAGAAAACUACCGACUUUUGCGCGCAUGCCGGAGACGUGGUUAGUAUUAGUUUAUCUCCAGACGUAAAUACGUAUAUUACCGGAUCGGUGGACAGAACAUGUAAACUAUGGGAUAUAAGAGAGCAGACUGCAAAGCAAACUUUCUUUGGACACGGAUCUGACGUAAACUCAGUUUGUUAUCAUCCUUCGGGACAAGCUUUUGUAACGGCAUCAGAAGAUAAGACGGCGAGACUGUGGGACUUAAGAUCAGAUCAGCAGUUAGCUACAUUUAAGCCUCCCAAUUCUAACCCCGGAUUCACAAGUUGCGGUUUAUCCUUUAGCGGAAGAUUCAUAUUCUGUGGAAGCGAUGACAACUCCAUUCACAUAUGGGAUACAUUGAAGAAUCAACAUAAUGGUGUUUUAACUGGUCACGAAAACCGGGUAACAUCGCUCAGCGUUUCUGGAAAUGGUAUGGCUGUCGCUAGUUGCUCCUGGGAUCAAAAUGUUCGAAUUUGGGUGUAGAACUUAAAAAAAAAGUA